CCUCACCUUGCAGGGCUGUAGCUGGACAUUCAGGGAGCUGCAUUCAUUAGCUAUAUCCCUUUCAGGGUGGGGGCUGGUAGAGCUGAUUGCCUGACCCUACACCUUCAACUCCUCCUCUGCUUGUCUGGAUCCAGCUGGUCUGGAGAAACAAAGCAGCUUUCCUCCUUACUCCUAUUCUGUGUGGACAUUACAGCCGUACAGGACGUAUCUUGGCAAAGCAAAUGAAAACCAUGCAGAACUGCCACUGGGAAAUAUUAGAAACUUCCUUUUAGAUUGGGUUCUGUGUUGGAUCCAUCCUGGGCCACAGGCAGUAAGUGCUGUGGACGGCACCCCAUGAGAAUGUUUGCUGUGGAGUGUAUGCAAGAUACUCAUUAUUGCAGCAUGUGUCCUGUCAGGACUGACACUUCCCUGGAGCUACAGAGAUCAGAGGCAAGUGAGCCACUCUCAACCUGUGCCCCCCGGGGGCUAUAUUCCAGUGGACACGUGUGCAUCUGCAGCCCAAGCAUGAAAGCCCUGGAUACUUUCCUUGCCCCCUUAUCCAAAAAGUCAUAUUACUGGUCCAUUGACUGCAGCCAGCUUCCCUAUUUUGUCCCAGGGGAAAAUCAGAAUAAUAAAAAUGUCAAGAAAGAGAAAAAAAUGGUUACAAGGAGACCUUUGGGGACUAUUGAGUACACAGCAACCGGCACAGACACUUUAAACAGCAUUGCAUUAAAGUUCAAUCUAACUCCGAAUAAACUGGUGGAACUGAACAAGCUCUUCACACAUACUAUUGUGCCUGGACAGAUUUUAUAUGUGCCAGAUAGUAGUGUUGCUUCCAUUGCAAGAGAUCCAAAAGCAAAUGCUGGAAUACUCGCUUCACCUCUUUCAUCAGAUGCAGAAUAUGAUAAGCUUCCUGAUGCUGACUUGGCACGUAAAGCUUCAAAACCAAUUGAAAGAGUUUUGUCAUCUACAUCUGAAGAAGAGGAACCUGCUGAUGUAAAGUUUAUAAAAAUGAACUGUAGAUAUAUUACUGAUGGAAAGGGUGUUGUGGGCGGAGUCAUGAUUGUCACUCCCAAUAAUGUAAUGUUUGAUCCACAUAAAUCAGAUCCCUUAGUCAUUGAAAAUGGCUGUGAGGAGUAUGGCUUGAUAUGCCCCAUGGAAGAAGUGGUCUCUGUUGCUCUUUACAACGAUAUCUCACACAUGAAAAUUAAAGAUGCGUUACCAUCCGACAUACCCAAGGAUCUUUGUCCUCUGUACAGGCCUGGAGAGUGGGAAGAUUUGUCAUCAGAAAAGGAUAUCAAUCCGUUUAGCAAAUUUAAGAAUCUUAGCAAAGAAAAGAGGCAGCAGAAUGGAGUCUCUGGACAAAGCAUUGCAGAGAACAAGCUUAUUACUACAUCAAGCAAAGAUCUUGAUCUAAUAAAAAUAACAACUGAGCUGGAGCCAAAAAAUGGAUCUGAUGGACAAUUAUCCCCUGUGCAAUUAACUGUUGAUGAGAGGCUUGCAAUACAGACCGAUCAGUCAAUUGAAAAUAUAACUAGCUCUAGAACUAAGAAAGCUGAUAAUUCUCCCGUUGAAGAUGACUUCAUUGAGUUGGUAGCGACAACAGCAGAGGCGAAUUGCAAAAAUAACUAUAAAGAAUCAGAAAAUCCCACAGUUGUUGGGGAAGCUAUAGAGCACAGCAUGUUCCAGAAUGACAUUCCAUGUAAUAAUUCUGAAAGUAAUAGGACUGUAGAUGUCAUUUGCCCAGUAGAACAAAUUUCUGACCCUGUAAAAAGAAUAUGUUUAGUGUCUGAUAAAACUGAGACGACCUCUGAUUCUGAUUUUAUCCAGACUCUACAACAAAGCAAAAAUAUUGAGCUUUGCCUGAGUCCUGCUGAAAAGAACAAAUUAGAUAUUUGUGGAUUCCAAAGAUCAGAUUUGGAUAACAGUGGAGAUGAGGGUAAAGUGAUGAGUUGCAUCAACCUGGAACCUAAAAAUAUUACAGAAGUCACCACUGUAACACAGAAUGUUGAGAAUAAACUUUCUAAGCCUGAGGAGAAGGCUUCUGAGGAGUCAGUAGAUUCUCUUUCACCAAGUUCCCCUGAAGUACCCAGUCAAAAGGAAACACUAAUGGACAGUGAAUCAGAACUAAAGCUCUGGUUAAUAAAGAGAAUGCAAAGACCGAUAGAAGACUUGUUUCCAUCCAAAGAGGAGAAGAGCAAGAUCCCUCCAAUGUUUCUCUGUAUUAGGGUUGGCAAGCCCAUGAGGAAGUCUUUUGCCAGCCAAAGUACUGCAGUUGUGCAACAAUACAUUCGAAGAAGAAAACAGCCAGAAUACUGGUUUGCUGUUCCACAAGAGAGGGUUGAUCAUCUGUACAACUUUUUUGUUCAGUGGUCACCAGAGGUCUAUGGUAAAGAUGCAAAAGAGCAAGGUUUCGUGGUGGUGGAAAAGGAUGAGUUAAAUAUGAUUGACAACUUUUUCAGUGAACCUUCUACUAAAAGUUGGGAGAUCAUAACUGUAGAAGAGGCAAAGCGCCGCAAAAGUACCUGCAGUUGCUAUGAUGACGAUGAGGAUGAAGAGGAAACACUGGAAGAUUUUCUGCCAGACUUGAAACAGAAAAGCGUGCUGCUGGAUGACAUGCAGGUUGAGAAGCUGGCACACAAUCUUCCUGCAAGAGUGCAAGGCUACCUCUGGCAUCUGGUCUAUAGUACACAGGAACAUGGGACCAGUUUGAAGACAUUGUACAGGAAUUUGGCUACUGUGGACAGCCCUGUGUUGCUUGUGGUCAAGGACAUGGACAAUCAGGUGUUUGGGGCUUAUGCAACUCACCCUUUCAGGCUUAGUGAUCAUUACUAUGGAACUGGGGAAACAUUCCUAUACACUUUUUGCCCAGAUUUUAAGGUAUAUAAGUGGAGUGGAGAAAAUUCCUAUUUCAUAAAUGGAGACAUAAGCUUUUUGGGGCUAGGAGGAGGAGGAGGGCGUUUUGGCUUGUGGCUCGAUUCGGAUUUGUAUCACGGACGCAGUAACGCUUGCUGCACCUUUAAUAAUGACACUAUGUCCAAGAAAGAAGAUUUCAUUGUGCAAGAUAUAGAAGUGUGGGCUUUUGAAUAAACCAGGACAUAGACACUGAUGUCCUGCAAGAGGAGGUUCCAAUAGAAGUUACAAAACCACAUGUCUGCCUUUCUUCAACUUAAUCCACCAUGGACCAUCCCAUCACUGCAAUAGAGAUUCAAUUUAUUUCCUUAAAUGCACCAUAACGAGUCCAUUUUUGUGGUGGGUAAUGUCCACCCUAUUGCUAUUGCAAAGACUGAACGGAUACCUGUAGGAGAGAAGUCAAGCACUUGGUAAGGGUGCAGAAAAAGGUCCAAAAGUGAUACAUUUCUUUUGACUAUGAUGCUUAUUUUAAAAAUCAGACUUGAAAGUAUAUAUUCAAAACAAUGUGGCAAAUGCAUUGUUCCAUAAGUAGAAAGGGAAAGCAGAGAUGCCUUCAAUACUUGAAGAGAAUUGCAUUUUUUAAUGUUUGUGUUUUCUAGUUAAUUUAUUGCAUUAUGUCAUUACCUGCUUUUUAUGAGACAUGAGUUAUAAUGGCACUUGUUUCUUUUUAAGGUUACUAUUGCAUUUAUAUGUAAAUGCGUCCAUCAAUUAGAUAUAUUUAAUUCAAUCAUACAGACAUAAUUAUGCAGUACAGGUUUUCAAAAGAAGUUAUUUGUAACCCAUAUAUAGCUCCCUUUAAUUUGACGGCUUCAGAAAUUUCAGGACAAUGUCACUUCAUGGUAAAGUAUAACAAGAGCUAAAAAGAAACAACGUGCCCCAAAGCAUAAACAUUUUAUAAAAACAUAUAUAUAUAUAUGUUAACAAAAUAAAGUAGAACUGCAUAUGUUCUUUUAAUGUAACUGUGAACUGUUAUAAUAGUGAAUAGAAAAACCCUUAUCUUAUUGAAAAUGACUUCUGCUGGUUAUAUCAAAUAUUUCCAGUAAAAAUGUAACCAUAUUUUUUUCAAUAGUUAUUAUAUAAAGGGAAUCUAGACAAAAGGCUUUAGAAAUGUCCACACAUUCCAUAAAUUUCAAACAGCAUUCUUUGUAACAAAAUCUCUGGAAAAAGAACUUCUAGAUUGCCAUACUUACUAUGGGUUCCGUCAUUGGGGGCCAUAAGCAGCCUUAAAAGGCUGCAUAUAAAGAUCUGCAGCCUUUUUUUGGAAGUGUCAAUUAUUCUGAACAGGACCAUGGCAUGAUGUCUCUGGAGAGGGAAUGCUGGGAGGAUGAGCCAAGAUAUUAAACCACAAAACUUUUUAGCAGCCUUGUGCACUUAGAGCUUAUUCUUUCAAAUAAACAAUGUCUUCUUCUUCAGUAUAUAUAUACAAUAAGAGGUAUGGAAUCUAUUAUCUAAAAUGCUUGGGACCUGGGGUUUCUGGAUAAGGGAUUUUUCCGUAAUUUGGAUUACCAUAAUUUAAGGGCAAGGGCAGACAAAGCGUAAAUCAGCCCUGCACUUUUCUGCCUGGCCAAACGCCACUCUUUGUGUUUGCACUAAAACCCAUGGCAACAGCCAGAGUUGUGCACCUACAGAGCAGUGCAGAUUGGCAGUCGGCCUGGAAAAUGUUCGCUUUUGCGUUUUCCAGGCUGACCGGUGAUUCGCACAGUUCUGUGUGCGCACACUCUGGCUGUUGCCAUAGGUUUUAGUUUAAGCAUUACAUAAAUAGAAUUGUUUUGCCAGCAAUAUGGAGCAAGUACAAAGUACUGUUUUAUUAUUACAGAGAAAAAGGAAAUUGUUUUUAAAAAUUUGAAUUAUUUGCCUAAAAAUAGACUUUACGGGAAAUGGCCUUCCCAUUCAGAGCUUUUAACAGGAUAUAAAUUCUUAAAUAUGUACCAUCAUUAGAGCUGGGAAAUCAAAAUGGAAUGUUACUUUAAGAUUACUUCAGAAUUAAUUUCUUAAAUACUAUUUUAUGUAUUAUAAAAUUUUUAUAUACAAUAGUAAGUUCAAGCUAUACAGAAUUUGACAGAAAACAAGUGACUUGGUAAUGACAUGUAUAAUGAGAUGUGAAAGGAUUAUUCCAAAAACACCAUAUUGUACUGAGAAGCGCCGGUCGUUUCUGCAGCUUGAUUUUAUUUUUGUAUUUUCUUUUGUUUAGUAGCUAUAUGUUGAUUAUGUCUUUUUCUUGGAAAGUGAUGUAUAGGGAGAUUGCUGUCCUGAUUCUACUUAUUCAGUUCCACUGUAUUACAAAACAAGAUAGGUCACUGUCCGAGUUUUCCAGGUAGAUGGAUUUGCUGUUAUAAUAAAUUGAGUAUCUUAAGCAAAUAGUGGAUUUAUCCAUUUUGAUAAAAGGUGAUUAAAGAAGCUGUUUUUUUACGUAUAAUAAUCUCACUAAGAGGUGCCAGCACUUUUAAGCUAUUGUCAUAGCAGCCAAUGUUGGGUGUUUUAUGUGGCUUUUUUAACAUUGAAAAAUAAUGGCAAGCUCAUUGCUCAAAAUUGCCUCUUUCCAUUCCAUUGGUCCACAUUUUCCACUGUAAUAACACAUUGGGAUAACACUGUUAACUCUUUUAUUGUAUAGAAAGGAAUCAGAUGCAUCCCACAACGUUUAGAAAGGCUGUUAGAAUCCAUUUAACAAGUAAGUUUGCAAUGCGCAUGAUAUUGUGUGUAUCAUUAAUCCUCCAGAAUCAGGCUUCAGUGGGAGCCAAUCAGAAAUGAAAGAAAACAGGCUCCUGAGAGUGAUUUAUUUAAAUUAAUAGAUUAAAUUCGAAACAGAAGUAAAAAUAGAAACAGUAGAGUAGUAGGAACAAUAUUUGGACCAACCCCUUUAGAAAAGCAUUUUCAAACUAGCAGCUUUGAGGAAUUGUUCUAGCUGCAGCCCACUCAGAUGUUUCCUUAUACAUAUACCUUUGAUAAAAAAAGGAUUAUACGGCCCACAAACAUGCGGUUUACCUGACUCCAGCUGGAGCAAAUUAGUGACCUCUGAACCUUUGGACACAAUAUCAGGCUCAUCAGAAACUGACUUUUCUAAAUCUUUGUUUAAAUUUUGAUCAAAUGGGACAAAUCACUAACUGCAGUUUGUCUUCUCUUUAAAAUGUAAAGCUUUCCAAAUUCCAAUGAUUACUAGUCAGCUGUGAUGUAUGCUAUAGACUGGUGGUUUUGUCUAACCAUGUGCUGCAGUUCUGUGCAAACUAUCAGCGCUGAAAGAUGAGAGAUUGUUAGGUAUUGUCUUUUCAGAGACUAUAAAAUACAUAUGCUGUAUGGCAGAUUAGUAAUUUAUUUAACUGCAUUUGUAGUUGUACAGAAGCCAAGUGAAGUCUGAACUAUAAGGCCCAUGUCCCACGGGGAGAGCCUAGUAGUUAAUCUCUGUAGUUAAUGACCUGUAGUUAAUCUCUGCUACCGUGAGCGACCAGUCUCUGUGAAUUGCCAGUGGAAAGGCAUACCUGUUGCGCAACUUUAGAAAAACUAAGCAAGGCCUAUGCCUUUCCACCAGCAAUUCACUUUGUUGCCGGUGAAAAUGCAUUUUACAGAGAUUAGCCACCUGCAGUAGCAAAGAUUAACCACGGUGACUAAGUCUCCCCGUGGGACAUUAGCCUUAUUUGAAAACCAAGUACUUAUCAUCCAUGAGGGAUGAUCACAUUUAGCUAUAUUGCACUAGAUUUUACUCAUUUACCUGGAACUGGAAGGUCUUAGUGAUGUGUGGGUCAGGAAAAACUCAACCCACACUCGAUCCUAACCUGCAAAACUUUAACCUGCACCAAACCCUAACCCACAAAAUGUUGCCAUUGUAGGGUCUUCUGCCUUCUGCCCUGUACACGACUUCUGCAUGUGCCUUAGGUUCCAAGACAGGAAGCAGAGAAAGAGUGUAUUUCCCCACUCUGAUCACACUCAACCAGAAUUUGCAAUGGUUGCCCAAAUUAUAACCAUAAUCCACCUGACCUAAGGGGAAACUAGCAGGUUCUGUGGGUUGUGGGUCAGCCCACACAGUGCAUAGCUACAUGAAAACAGUGAACAGUUUGACUUGCACAUGGGCUUUAUAGAUAAACUUCCUUAGUUAUUGGACUUAAAACCGAGGUUUAAACAGCAGGUGGGGAUUUCUCCUGUAUGAGUAAUCGUACAAUGCAAAUGUAAAAAAAUAUACUUUACAUAUUUGGACUAAAAUUUGAUUUUCUUCCAAUUAUGUGAAAAUUCUUAUAAAUUUUUCAUAUAUAUCAAUGGAUAAACUCUCAUUUUCACCCAGUAACAAGUAGAAAAUCAAUAGAACAUGGCAGAAUUUCACUCUGGUGAUCUGUGGUUAGCUUCUUUACUCUUUGCAAAUAUUCCCCCUGAAAUCAGAAGUGGGGCAAAUACUGUUUAAAAAUCAUUAAUACCAUAAAAAAUAAAUGGUAAAGAACGAUUCCUAAAUACGAUUCCUGAUUUUAUUCAUGUCUACUUGCUUUCCUUUUCUGAUGGAUGUUCUGUUGCAUACAAGUUUCUGAGACCCCCUGUGAAAUGUAUAAAGCCACAACAAAAUAUUAUGGACCCAAGAUUAUUAUGUGGAAGCCAAAAAGUGUAAUUAACUCACCACAAUAAAACAAUGGUAAUAAGGAAAUUAUCUGAAUUUAAUGUAAAUAUGUAACUAGCGGUUCUGGUGUUGGAUGCUUGUUUGUUAGCUAUGCGGAAGUGGCCUCUUACAACACAAGAUAAGGCUUUAUAGAACUGAAGAACUGAAAUACAGUAUGUUAUCUGUUUUGUAUGAGCAUGUGCACAAAUUGCUGUCCUGUUGGAUAUUGCAUAAAACACAGCUCUUUUCUAUCUGCAACAGAGUUUGCUUUAUUAAUGUGCAAUAACAGCAGUUAAUAUGAAAUAUAUGUAAUGCAGUGCAACCACAACAUUGUUCAAUAAAGAAAUAUAGAAUAUGGUUCAAACUAAA